AUGCCGAUUUGUUGUUCUCCGGAGCUCAACAACCACCAUGUGCUCCACCGUAAGAUUCCUAAGACGCCGAUCCUUCAGACGGGCGAAGAAUAUCGUCGAACGGAGCGGAGCUCUCUUGGACACUUUGUUCAUAGAGUGAAAGUCCUCUCCUCCUCCGGAGGGUGGGAUUUGAAUCUCUACUUUAGGAAAUACCAAAACCAUAUUCCAGAUUGGACAGCAUAUAGCUAUAUGUAUGGUUACCAUGGGAUGAUGCCACAAUCAUUUUUUCCACCGUUUGAUCCUCGUCCAAAUGCCAACCCUUAUACAUGGAGAAACGAGAAGCCAACGGGAGUACCGUUUAGACCAGCAAUUCCAUAUCCUUUUGCUCCUCCAAUUCCCUAUUCGGGAUGUUCAAGUAAUCCUAAGGAGAUGAUAGAACCCACCUCAUCUACUAGGCGAUCAUUGUUUUCUUCUGAAAGUAAUACUUAUAAGGACAGCUCAAAUGUGGGGGAUGAGUUUAUUGAACAACAACAGGAGUCUGAUAAUGCAACCAUUGAGGAAGUACCAUCAAUGGUCGAGGAAGUAUCAUCAAUGGUUGAGGAAGUACCAUCAAUGGUUGAUAAAGUAGUACCGAGCAGUCAUGGAAAUGAUGAUGAUGGUGUUAUGGAUCCAAGGCCAGGGAUGUCAUUUAAAACUGAGGAAGAGUUGUUGGACUUCUACAAGCAAUAUGGAAAACAGGCUGGAUUUGGUGUAAUGACCCAAAGAAGUAAACGAGAAGAGGAUGGGAGUGUUAGAUAUUUAACACUUGGUUGUGCUCGUGGUGGUAAGGCAAGAAACCAUACUACGAAUGUUGCUAAACCACGUCCGACUACGAAGACGGACUGUAAGGCAAAGAUUAAUGCUAUUUUGCUUGAUGGGGUAUUGCGUAUAACAACUGUUGAGAAUGCCCACAACCAUGGGCUAAGUCCAAAAAAGGCAAGAUUCUUUAGAUGUAAUCGACAGAUUGAUGAGUCUGUAAAAAGACAGUUAGAUAUCAAUGACAAAGCAGGCAUAAGUAUGGCUAAAAGCUUCAACUCAUUAGUUGUCAAGGCAGGUGGAUUUGAUAAGCUUCCAUUUGUUGAGAAAGAUGCAAGGAAUUAUAUUGAUAAGGCCCGACACCUUAGACUUGGUAAAGGAGGUGCUGAUGCACUUCGUCAAUAUUUUGAGAGAAUGCAGUAUAAGAAUGAUGGGUUUUAUUCUAUGAUGGAUUUGGAUGACAAUGGUAGAUUAAAGAAUGUUUUCUGGGCCGAUGCACGUAGCAGAGAAGCCUAUGGGUAUUUUGGGGAUGUUGUGACAUUUGAUACAACUUACCUAACAAAUAGAUAUGGUAUGCCAUUCGCUCCUUUUGUAGGAGUGAACCACCACGGACAAUCCAUACUUUUUGGAGCAGCUCUGAUUUCAAACGAAGAUACUGAUACAUUUGUUUGGCUAUUUGAAACUUGGUUGAAAUGUAUGGAUGGGAGAGCUCCAAAGGCAAUCAUCACUGACCUAGAUAGGGCCAUGAAAAAUGCGAUAGCAAUAGUUUUCCCUAAUACUCGGCACAGAUUUUGUUUAUGGCACAUCAUGCGAAAACUACCAGAGAAGUUGGGUUCCCAUUCACAGUAUAGUUGUGGUUUAAAAAGUGCAUUGCAAAAAUGUGUUUAUGAUUGCCAGACUUCUAAAGAGUUUGAGAAGUCUUGGGAUAUGUUUAUUGGUGCAUAUAAUUUGCAUGAAAAUGCAUGGCUUCACAGUCUAUAUAGUGAGAGAGAGCAUUGGGUUCCUGUAUAUAUGAAAGAUACAUUUUGGGCUGGAAUGAGCACAACUCAGAGGAGUGAGAGUAUGAAUGCAUUUUUUGAUGGUUUUGUGCAUUCAGGGACGACAUUAAAAGAGUUCGUUGAUCAGUUUGACAAUGCAUUGAGAAAGAAAGUAGAGAAUGAGAUUGCAGCAGACUUUCACUCAUUCAACUGUUCAAUUCCAUGUAUUACCCAUUUACCAGUAAAGAAGCAAUUUCAAGAAUUAUAUACUAACUCUAAGUUUAAGGAAGUACAGUCCGAAGUAAUGGGAAUUAUUUAUUCUCAUUGUAUUCUCAUCAAGACAGAAGGUGCAAUUUCAACGUAUCAAGUUAAUGAUCAGUUGCAAGUUGAAGAUAGUAUCAAACGAGUUACUUACCAAGCAUACUUCAAUGAAGAUGAGUGUGAGGCAAAGUGCAUGUGUGGACUAUUUGAGAUGAGAGACAUUUUAUGUAGACACAUUCUUGCUAUUUUUUCCGUGAAGGAUGUCCGAUCGGUGCCUUGGAAGUACAUUAUGGAUAGGUGGAGGAAGGAUAUUAAACGUAGGUAUGCUUUAAUUCGCAGCAGUUAUGAUGAUUUGAGUGGUAACCCAGCUGCUGGUAGGUACUCUAAUUUGAUUAAGCUUUGCUACGAAGUCGCCACAAAUGCAGCAGAAGAUGAAGAUGAUUCAAUGGAUAUGGUGCAGAAGUUACAGGCAAUGAAUUUGCUUUACUCAAAGACCAAGGCCCAACCUGCACUACCAAAGGAGAGUACUUUGGUCAAUGAAGUUGAAGUUAGAAGUUCGAAAAAAGUGUUAAGUCCUCGCGUUGUAAGAGGUAAAGGGAGGCCCCCAUCGAAGAGGUUGACACCUGCAAUAGAAAAGGUCACAAAGAAGUCACAAGCUAAAAAUAAACAGUCCGAGACUGGUGCCAAGAGGAGAAGAAAAAAUGCAACCAAACUUUCAGAAAAUGUAUUGAACAGAAGUGGCGAUGCAAAAACAACAGAUGAGAUGUUGAACAUGACUGGCGCUGCAAAAAUAACAGAUGAGAUGUUGAACAUGACUGGCGCUGCAGCAAGAACAGAUGAGGUGGAUCCUCAACAUCAUACCUAUCUUGACAAUUGA